UCUCCCAUGGAUUUGUGAUCAGCGUGGGCAGCUCUCCCAGCAGCCCUGGACAGCAGCCCCCAGCCGGCGGUAUGUGGCUGCCACGCGUCUCCGGCACGGCAGUGACCGCACUCCUGCUGCUGCAGACCUGCCUCCUGCUCUUCCUGGUCUCCCGGCCAGGGCCACCGUCCCAGUCGGGCCGCGAGGAGCACGUGCACGUGCUGGUGCUGUCCUCGUGGCGUUCAGGCUCGUCCUUCGUGGGCCAGCUCUUCAGCCAGCACCCUGACGUCUUCUAUCUGAUGGAGCCCGCGUGGCACGUGUGGACCACCCUGUCCAAGAGCAGCGCCCCAGUGCUGCACAUGGCCGUGCGCGACCUGGUGCGCUCCGUCUUCCUGUGCGACAUGGAUGUGUUCGAUGCCUACCUGCCCUGGCGUCGCAACCUGUCGGACCUCUUCCAGUGGGCGGUGAGCCGCGCGCUGUGCUCGCCCCCGGCCUGCAGCGCCUUCCGGCGCGACGCCAUCAGCAGCGAGACCGUGUGUAAGCCGCUGUGCGCUCGGCGGCCCUUCAGCCUGGCCCAGGAGGCCUGCCGCUCCUACAGCCACGUGGUGCUCAAGGAGGUGCGCUUCUUCAACCUGCAGGUGCUCUACCCUCUGCUCAGCGACCCCGCGCUCAACCUGCGCAUUGUGCACCUGGUGCGCGACCCGCGGGCCGUGCUGCGCUCGCGCGAGCAGACGGCCAAGGACCUGGCGCGCGACAACGGCAUCGUGCUGGGCACCAACGGCACGUGGGUGGAGGCCGACCCGGGUCUGCGCGUGGUGCGCGAGGUGUGUCGCAGCCACGUGCGCAUCGCCGAGGCCGCCACGCAGAAGCCACCACCCUUCCUGCGCGGCCGCUACCGCCUGGUGCGCUUCGAGGACCUGGCGCGGGAGCCGCUGGCUCAGAUCCGCGCACUCUACAGCUUCACCGGCCUGAGCCUCACGCCACAGCUCGAGAGCUGGAUCCACAACAUCACGCACGGGUCGGGGCUCGGCUCCCCCCGCGAGGCCUUCAAAACCACGUCCAGGAACGCGCUCAAUGUCUCGCAGGCCUGGCGCCAGGCGCUGCCCUUCCCCAAGAUCCGCCGUGUGCAGGAGCUGUGCGCCGGGGCUCUGCAGCUGCUGGGCUACCGGCCUGUGUUCUCGGAGGACGAGCAGCAUGACUUCGGCUUGGACUUGGUGCUGCCGCGAGGCCCGAGCAGUUUCAGCUGGGCGUCGUCCACCUCCACGCACCCCGGUCCUUAG